CUAUUUCGAGCUCCAGUGCUAAUUGACACGGUCAUGUGAGAAGUACACACGUUGGAACACUUUGCUUUGGCAGCACCGACAACUUUUGUAACAGUCCCCUCUGAUCCCACCAAAGUUUUGUGGUGAAACACAGCGUACGGCUCCUCGGCGGAGUCUCGUUCUGUGCGGUGUUGGCUGAGCUGGAAGUUUGACUCAUAUUUACAGCAGGGAGGUGACCAGCGCAAACGGCAGCGGAGAAAAGCUCCUCUGUAAACGCCCCUCAGACUGACUUGCUCGUGAAUCACAUUUUCCACCUAGAGAAGUGCUAGUUCAGACUGGGCCCGCGUCGCAACAACAGCUCUUCUUUUCUCCUCGAAUAGUUUCAUCUCACUCAAACUAUCGCGCAAUCUGGUGCCGCCGCUGCGCCCUCAGCGCACAUGGACGAUCAACUCGGUUAAUCGAAAAGUUUAGGUCGAUUUGGGGAAACUCUCUUGAAGUUGUUUUUUUUUUUUUUUACCCGAGGAGACCGUGUGCUCAGAAUCUCGGAAUGAUGGCCUUUCACUCCUCUGUCAGAUUUAAUCAAACGCCGAUGGAGCUAUUUGAGGUGUGUUUCUGGCCCAUUCUCUGGUAGUUGUCAAGGCUGUUGAUUAUCGGUGGAGUGUUGCGGUGCGUUGACAUGGAUCUUCAGGUGGUCGUCUGGCUGUUCUACUGCUUUCUGCUACCCUGCGCAUUGUUAUCAGCUUGCCUUUUUCGCUACAACCUCCUGUCGCUGGUUUACUUCCUCUACCUACUGUUGCUACCAUGGUUCCUGUGGCCCAACAAACACACAAUCAGAGGUCACACAGGUUGGUUUAUCAAAACGGUAUUCUCCACCAGUCUACUAUUUGUACUGGCUCAUAUCUGUUUCCAGACGGUACUGUACACAUAUCCUCCUCUCGACAUCGCUAUCGGCGAUAAUUGUUCAAAAUGGGACAACAUCACCAGAUAUACUGGACUGUCCAGGCUUCCCUUGGAUGAUCCUUGGAAUGUGUUACGACUUCUGUGUCCUGACCUAGGUGUAUGUGUGGUUUCCUUGGUAACAGUCAUCCUCUGCAGCAAAUUGGUCAGGAACAGAGAAAUGGUUGCUGCUGCCAACAUUACAUCUUUAGAUGAUGAUGAAGACGAAGAUGAUGAAGAGGAGAAACUGGGAGAUGAAGAUGAAGUGGAAGAGACAUCGGGAGAUGAAGAGGACGAAGAAGAGAUGUCGUUAGCAGGUGACCUCAAUGAGGUGGUUUCCACAGCAACCAGAGCCAAGCAGCUGGCUGAGCGUCUGAAGGCCUCAGCCCGGAAAGUUCUUCAGGACCUGGGGAGGGUUUUGGCCAUCAGCCUCCUGGCUUUGGCAGGCAUCAUACUGCCCUCUGCUUUCUCUGCCAUCUACUUCCUGCUUUUCAUUGGCGUGUGCACAUGGUGGGCGUGUCAUCUUCCCAUCAGCCACCUGGGGUUCAAUGCAUUAUGUGUGAUGGUGGGCUUCUUCACUGCUGGUCACAUGAUUUGUCUUUACUUGUACCAGAGUGUCCUGGCUCAGGCCCUCUUCCCCCCACAUUAUCUUUGGUCCAGACUCUUUGGACUGAAGGACAUCAUAAUACCAGGAAACUGCUCCCUGCCCUAUGACCUCAGCCUAAAUACCAGUCAUGAUUGGCCAGUUUAUGUCAACCCAGGAAUACUGUUCCUUCUCUAUAUUACUAUCGCAACUGUUCUCAAAACAGGACGCCAUGGAACGCCUAACCAGCAGGUUGAGAGAGAGCAGAAGCAGCAGGAGAGAAGGGAAGAUUUACAGGAAGAGUUGGAGUUAAGAUCGUGGGAUCAACACAAAAAUAUCUAUGAAGAGGACACACCGGUUGAGAGAGAGAAGAAGCAGCAGGAGAGAAGGGAAGAUUUACAGGAAGAGUUGGUGGAGUUAAGAUCGUGGGAUCAACAUAAAAAUAACUAUGAAGAUGACACACAGCUCAUGCUCCUGUCAGCAACAACAGAAAGUAGCAGGGGAGAAACUGUGGCUGAAGAGAGUCCUCCAGACCUAGGUUUUAGUGGGGCACCUAAAGGCCACCAGACUGAAAGUCCAUUUUUUCUACUGGGAAAGGUGGUCAUGCAGCAGAGCUAUGUGUGUGCUCUGAUAGCAAUGAUGGUUUGGAGCAUCACAUACCACAGUUGGCUAACUUUUGUGCUUCUGCUGUGGGCUUGUCUCAUCUGGAUGCUGCGUGCCAGACGACAUGCAGCCUCAUUGUGCUCUCCAUUCAUCCUGCUCUAUGGCCUGGCUCUGUGCUGUCUGCAGUACGUCUGGGCCAUGGAGCUCCAGCCUGAACUGCCCACCACUGUGGGAAACAUGAGCCUCAGACAACUGGGACUAGACAGAGCCCAGUACCCUUGUCUAAGACUGGGAGCUAUGCUUUUAUUUACGUUAACCUUCUGGUUGUUGGUACGUCAGUCCGUGAAGGAAAACUUCAGCAGGAAGAGGAAAAUGGCCACGCCACUACAGGAAGUGACUACAGGGGAAGAGACAGACAACGAAUCAGUGCUGAAGGUUCUGGGAGGGAUGGUCAUGAGCUGCUACGCCAAAUACUGGAUCUACGUUUGUGGAGGGAUGUUCAUCAUGGUCUCCUUUGCUGGAAAACUUGUUGCUUAUAAGAUCAUCUAUAUGCUGCUGUUCCUGCUCUGCCUGUGUCUCUAUCAGGUGUACUAUUCUCUAUGGAGACGUCUCUUAAAGCUCUUCUGGUGGCUUGUUGUGGCCUACACCAUGUUGGUGCUGAUCUCCAUCUACACUUACCAGUUUGAAGACUUUCCUGGAUACUGGAGAAACUUCACUGGCUUCACAGAAGAACAGUUGUCAGCCAUUGGUCUGGAGACGUUUGCUCUGUCUGAACUCUUCACCAGUAUCCUCAUCCCUGGCUUCUUCCUGCUGGCCUGUAUUUUGCAGCUGCACUACUUCCACAAACCCUUCAUGAGAAUCACUGACCUGGAGCACGUUACACCUAUACACAGAAAGAAGAACAGUGAGAGGACUGAGCAAAGUGGUCCUGGUCCCGAGGGGUUGAACACUGCAGAGGAAGACCUGGUGGCAAACACUGAUGACGGAUCUGAAGAUGAAGCGGAGUUGGUGCCCAGUAAAUGGGGUCUGGUAAUGGACAGGCUGCUGGUUCUGUCCAGAAAGUUCUCCGACAUUCUCACCACAGUUCAAGAAUUUCUCUGGAGGCUUAUGGAGCUUCACAUUCUCAAGAUGGUGGCCUUCUUCUCAGUGUGGGUUGCACUUACAGAGCCAUCAGUGAUGAAUCUGGUCUUGGUGAUACUGUGGUCUCUGGCGAUGCCCUUUGGUCGAUUCAGGACCAUGGCUUCUUGUCUGUCUACAGUCUGGGUGUGUGUCAUCAUUGUGUGCAAGAUGCUGUACCAGCUCAGCGUUGUCAACCCUGAUGAGUACUCCCGUAACUGUACCAUGCCUCCAACAAAUGAAACCAACUUAUCGCCUGAGGAAAUGAUGAAUUCAACUCUGUAUAAGGAGCCAGUGGACCCAGCCAAAUGGUUUGGCAUUAGGAAAAAUGCCACAGCGCUGGGAUACAGCAAGAACCAUUUAAUGGUGCUGAUGUUGCUGGUGUUUGAGGCAACAGUGUAUCGUCACCAGGCUCACCAUUACCGCCAGCUCCAGCGAUCCCCUCCCACCAUCCCUGCUCUCUUUCCCGACGCCACAAGGGACACUUUGAACAUGGGCCUCAUACCCUGCUUCAAGUACCUGCUCAACUACACCUUCUACAAGUUUGGAUUAGAGAUUUGCUUCCUGAUGACAGUGAAUGUGAUCGGCCAGCGGAUGAAUUUUUUAGUUAUAAUCCAUGGCUGCUGGCUGGUUGCAAUCUUGGUGAGGCGGCGGCGGGCAGCUAUUGCCAAGAUUUGGCCCAGAUAUUGUCUCUUCCUAUCCAUCUUCAUGAUCUACCAGUAUGUUCUUUGUGUUGGCAUACCACCCAUUCUCUGCAUAGACUACCCGUGGCGUUGGAACACUCCAUUGUUGAUGAACUCCUCUCUCAUUAAAUGGAUUUAUCUGCCUGACUUCCACACAGUACCAAACUCCCAAAACCUUAUAGCGGACUUUGUGCUGUUGAUGUGCGUAUCCCAGCAGUGGAGAGUGUUUGAGUGUGAACACGUGGAGGAGUGGAUGGUUCUGGCAGGAGAAAACACAGAUGACCCUGAUCCAAUGGAAGGCCGACUGUUUAAUCCUGUAUCUAACUUCAUCAACUGCAGGACUUACCUGGACAUGGCUAAAGUUCUGGUAUUUCGUUACUUCUUCUGGUUCGUCCUGUCAGUGGUCUUCGUCACAGGAGCCACUAGGAUCUCUGUGUUUGGGCUGGGCUACUUGCUUGCCUGUUUCUUUUUUCUGUUGUUUGGAACCCAGCUAUUGGUCAAACCAUCCAAGAUCCGCCUCACCUUGUGGGACUGCCUCAUCAUCUAUACCGUGGCAGUCAUUAUAUCUAAAAAUCUGCUAUCAAUCCUAGCAUGUGUGUUUGUGUUUGAGAUGCAGAAAGGCUUCUGUUGGGUAAUUCAACUUUUCAGCUUGGUUUGCACAGUCAAAGGAUACUAUGACCCGAAAGGUGUGAGUGACAAGACAUGCAGCCUCCCAGUAGAAGAGGCUGGGAUCAUCUGGGACAGCAUCUGUUUUCUGUGCCUGUUGCUGCAGAGGAGGGUCUUCCUCAGUUUCUACUUCCUGCAUGUGACAGCAGAGCUGCAGGCGUCUGCCAAACAGGCCUCAAGAGGGUUCGAGCUUUUCCGAGCCAGUAUUGUGAAAAACAUUAAGUUCCACCAGCAAGCCGAGAAGAAAUCUCUGUCACAACUUAAGAGAUCGAUGCAGAGAAUUCGCUCCAAGCAGCAGAAGUACAGAGAUGGAUACAAAACAAGUGAAGGUCCCAGCAAAAGCCAAGCUGCUGAAACCCAGAAAGGGAAGAAAAGAUCCAAGAAGAAGAAGUGGUACCAGCCAUGGUUGGACCAUGCUACAGUGCUCCACUCAGGAGAGUACUACCUGUUUGAAUCGGACAUGGAAGAUGAAGAGGAACUGCAGACUGAAGAACAGAAGCCUCAGAAACAGACUGCCUGUCAGCUGGCUUACCACGCAUGGGUGACCAGUGUGAAAACGGCUCUUAGAGAACGACAGAAACACCAGAGACAGCUCAAAAGGAAGACAGAGACUCAAGAGAGAGAUUCAAAGCAGAGGGCUGUGACUGCGGAAGGCUGUCCGGACAGUAAUGUGGAGGAGCCAGAAGAAAAGGCGUCUGGCCAUGGUGAAAUGUUCCAGAGGAUGUUGGAUAUCCUGCGCUUCUUGUGGGCCAUAGUUUUGGCCAUGGUGGAUGGAAUGACUCAAUGGCAAAAUCUGCUGACUAAACAGUAUAGAGAGACGUCUACGGUUCUGUGCAAUGAACGCUACUUCAUAAUACACAAGAUUCAGCAGAAUCAAACUAAAGCAGACUCCAGAGAUGACUGGGUGUUUCAGGGCAGCGAAUGUUCCACGCUGGAGACUUGUUUAGAUGAGACUGAUGCAGAAAAUUCCAACAGAUUCAGCUGCCUGGAAGUGGAUAGCAGGGGUGUGGCGGGUCAGUCCACUCCGAGGCCAAGGCUCAACAGCACUGGGAAUCUCCUGAGUCCAGAACACCCAUCGAGCAGCAUGGAAUUAAUAUCACAGCUGUCUGACCAACAAUACCACAGACACUCCAGAACUGCCAGCGAGCUUCUAGGAGACAGUCAGUACUUUAUCGAGGAGCUGGAACAGAGCAGAGAGUUCUUCGACAACCAGAAUCGCCUGCUGAAGCUGCUGUUCUCCAUGUACAACCUGCUGUCAGCCAACUCUGAGCUCCUCUGCUAUUUAAUCAUAGUGUUAAACAACAUGGUCAGUGCAUCUGCCAUAUCACUGGUCCUGCCCAUACUGGUCUUCCUAUGGGCAAUGUUGGCUGUUCCAAGACCUACCAAGAGGUUUUGGAUGACUGCAAUUGUUUAUACAGAGGUGAUGGUAGUGGUGAAAUACAUUUUCCAGUUUGGAUUCUUUCCCUGGAACAGUGUUUAUGAGUUGACCCUAAACGAAGACAAGCCUUUCUUCACACCUCGAAUUCUUGGCCUGGAGAAGACUGACAACUACAUCAGAUAUGAUCUUCUUCAGCUGCUGGCCCUGUUCUUCCACAGAUCGCUGCUCAUGCAAUAUGGUUUGUGGGACCACGAGGGCCCUCUGGAGGAGGAAAGCCCCUCAUCGGACUCGGGCGGAAAACCUAAAGAUGGAAAUGAGGACAGUAGCAGCAAGGAGGAAAGACAAGUGGUAGAGGGAGAAGUUAGCACAGGAUUCACCCUGGAAAUCCCAGAAACUACUACUGAACUAAACCAGCCGGAAAAGGAUACUGAGGAACCGAGUACCAGCUCUGCUACUGCUGCCCUCCACCGCCCUGCAGCAGAGCUAGAAACCACCGGCUCAAGAGAUGAGCAGGAAAUGCUGCCUGUGAUCACGAACAUGUCGGAUUCUGGAGACAAGGUGGAGGUAGAAGAUGUGGAGAUGGCAAAAGAAGGCCCAAAGGAAAGCAGUCGUAUCCGAUUCAGAAAGAAAACAAAACAACAGCGUAAUAAAGCCAAGGCCACAGCUGAGACUGCAGAUUCCAGUAAAGAACCAGCAGAGAAGAAGAAGAAAAAAGGCAGGAAGAGAGAGGCUGCCAGUCAGAGAUUACUGUCUGCAGGACGCAAGAUAAAACAUGUUUUCCUCUCUGGUGUCCAGAGUGUUUACAAGCCGGUUCAGGGUUUCUUCAAGGAUAUUCUCCACGCUGAGUAUCGGGCUGCCACCGAUGUCUAUGCGCUUAUGUUUCUGACCGAUGUCAUUGACUUCAUCAUCAUCGUCUUUGGCUUUUGGGCUUUUGGGAAACACAGUGCAGCAGCAGAUAUAGCUUCCAGUCUGUCAGAGGACCAAGUACCUGAGGCCUUCCUGGUGAUGCUGCUCAUCCAGUUCAGCACCAUGAUCAUUGACAGGGCCUUAUACCUGCGCAAAGCUGUCUUGGGAAAACUCAUCUUCCAGGUGAUUCUUGUUUUUGGGAUACACCUCUGGAUGUUCUUCAUCCUGCCUGCUGUCACUGAAAGGAUGUUCAGCCAGAACUUUGUGGCCCAGCUCUGGUAUUUUGUCAAGUGUAUUUACUUUGGCUUGUCAGCCUAUCAGAUCCGCUGUGGUUACCCCACUCGUAUCCUCGGCAACUUCCUCACCAAGAAAUACAACCACCUCAACCUGUUUCUGUUUCAAGGGUUUCGUUUAGUGCCGUUCCUGGUGGAGCUGCGGGCCGUGAUGGACUGGGUUUGGACUGACACUACUCUGUCUCUGUCAAACUGGAUGUGUGUGGAGGACAUUUACGCAAAUAUCUUCAUAAUUAAAUGCAGUCGUGAGACCGAGAAGAAAUACCCACAACCUAAAGGGCAGAAGAAGAAGAAGAUAGUGAAAUAUGGCAUGGGUGGACUUAUCAUCUUCUUCUUGAUCUGCAUCAUCUGGUUUCCCCUUCUCUUCAUUUCAUUGGUCAGAUCAGUGGUGGGUGUGGUCAACCACCCCAUCGAUGUUACUGUGACCGUCAAGCUGGGAGGUUAUGAGCCCCUGUUCACCAUGAGCGUGCAGCAGCAAUCCAUCCAGCCGUUCACGGAGCAUGAAUAUGACCAGCUCACCCAGAAGUUUGGAGACAAUGCUGUAGCCAUGCAGUUCAUCACCCUCUACAGUUACGAGGAUAUUGUGACAGCCAUGAUUGAAGGUAGUUCGGGAUCAGUUUGGAGAAUAAGUCCCCCCAGCAGACAGGAAGUCAUUAAAGAACUGCUGGGAAGUCCAGUUGACCUGACUCUUCGCCUGGCCUGGAAUUUCCAGAGGGACCUGGGUAAAGGAGGAACAGUGGAGCACACCUUUGAUAAACAUUCUAUAGACUUGGAACCUGGCAACCCAGUCAGAGCAGAUCUGGCUGCGUUACUGGUUGGCAAUCGCACCGAGCCUGUGCUUGUGCCCAAUAUGUUUCCCAACUACAUCCGUGCCCCCAAUGGAGCUGAAGCCAAACCAGUCAGUCAGCUCUAUAAAGAUAAUGAAGAUGGGUACCUGAACAUUACUCUGUCUCUGAUGAGCGACAGGUCACUGAACAGCAGCGGGAACCAGGAGUGGUGGGACAUUGCCAUCGCAAGCUGCUUCUCCUCCUGUGGUGUUCUUCCUAUGGUCAUAUUUAAUGACAAAGUCAGUCCACCCAGCCUGGGUUUCCUGGCGGGAUAUGGUAUCAUGGGUCUGUACGUGUCUGUUGUCUUAGUUAUUGGGAAGUUUGUGCGAGGCUUCUUUAGUGAGAUCUCCCACUCCAUCAUGUUUGAGGAGCUGCCCUGUGUUGACCGCAUCCUGAAGCUCUGCACAGACAUCUUCUUGGUGCGUGAGACAGGAGAGCUGGAGUUGGAAGAGGAACUUUACUCAAAGCUGAUCUUCCUCUAUAGAUCUCCAGAGACUAUGAUCAAAUGGACUCGGGACAUCCACAGUCAAGACCAAGACAGAUAUUGACAGAAUUGCUGAGAGAUUAAGUUUGCUUGUUGUGAAAUACUGUGACAUUUGAGGCACAAUGCAAUGACAGGAAGGGCACAACACCUCAAAGGCAUCUUGAGAACACUCCACUGAUGCUUCAAAGGAGGUGUACACCAUAGGCAUAGACUAUGAAACAUCUCCUCCUUCCGGACAUGCUGUUACAUCAAAUCAACUUUUCUCAAUACAGGCAAUUAGAAUGACAGUGAAUUUGCACUUCCUCCAUGUGGGAGAUUGAUGGGAACUGAAUAUAGGUUGUGUAGGACUUGACAUGGCGUCCAUUGAAGGCAAAAUCCGCUGUCACAUGGAGUAGAUUGGUUUGUCACCGGUCAUUGGAGAAAGGUCAAACACAAGGGACGCAUCAUAGACGCAUUUGAGCCACAGAACUGGAGUAACUCUGUGGCUAAAUGGAAUUACAGGUGGAAUCAGCUGUCCCUGCAAUGGUAUGCUGCCCAAAAUCAUGCAACACUAUCAGACAAAUGAAAAGUAUCUAAUAUUAUUAAAUUUCUGUAAAAGUAAAACGCGUCCACUAUUCAUGUUUGUUUGACUUGACGUUGAACAAAUGAGUCCAAGUUUAAGACUGGCAUCUCAUGUUCAGGCGCAAGGAAAAAUAUCACACAGGGCCAUUGGAACCCUUUUUGAGAAAAGUGCUGGUUCUGUCUCUGUUGCUUAACAGAGAAAAUACUUUUUUCAAUGUGGGAUUCCAACAUAACUCUACACUGUACAUCGGUGCCAAAUGUAAUGAUCCGAUAAGAUAUGUGCAUUCAAAUAUCCCGAAACAUCCAUGUUUCAUCAGACUGUUGUGACAUGCUUUAAUACAAUUUCUGGGAUGUUUAUCCCUCAGAACGUGAGCAACCAGAGAGAUCACUACUCUGAUCGGGUCGCGUGUGGCCAGACCAUUCUGAGGAGUUACUUGAGCCAAUUUUAUUCUUAGUUGGCUUUUAUUAUUAGUGCCAUGUAAAGACAGCAAGUGAAUGUUCAACCUUUAGACAAGGUUACAAUUACACUAAAUUUUGUUUAGAACAGUGCCAAACCAUAAGUCAUCUCAAGGUACUAAACAUAAUAACCCAAUAACCCCCGCUUUUGACACAUAACCGGACUUGAAAUAUUAGGGUACUCUGCGAUGGAGUUGGGGGACAUGUAACCGAAGAGAAGAUGGCAUAGCUUUGACUCCCCAAAUCUUAUAAUAAUUAGUAGACAUUUUCUAUGUUUAGUCACAGAGAAACAGAUCAUCACACUAAUCUAAGCAAACAUACACAAAUUGGAGGGAAAUAUCAACUGAACAUGGCAGUUACAGAGAAUCAAGUAGCUACAACAUCUCAACAUGAUCCUGUUACUACAUUCACCUGAGUGUAUUUUACAUCAGUCUUUAAACUGUAAUUCAGGUCCCGGAUAUUUUAGAGAAGGUUACACUCCACCCCUGUGCCUGUUUUUGAAUUGGCUGAGAAUCGGGACACAGCCACAUUGAUCUUCAAAAGAGAUCUUCCAAAGUUCACUUUAAAUCCCAGUGUAUUGUCACUUACAGUGUGACCAUCCACAUUUCUACAGCUGAAAUAUACUGUAGCUCAUGCAUGAAUCAUGCAAAUGCACACAUUUUAUGUUUAAGUCUCAAAUCAGACAUUUAAAUUCAGUCCACCUUAGCUGCAAGUUCUCUUUCAUCUUUCAUCUAACAACCAUUGGAAAAUAUUUAGUUUCCGGUUAGUGUGGAUUAAAAGGGACUUUUAGACUGGACCAUAUUUGCUGGACUGACUGAGUACUGGUGCUCAUUAGUGCAUCAAGUUAAACUCCAUGACACCAUGUCACUUUCCAUUCAAUCAAUGUCCAAAUAACAUGAUUGUGGAAGUGCCCAACUCUUUCUGCUGGUGCUCAGUAGGUCAGUGGAUAUAUAGUUGGCUCAAGGUGUUGCUGGAGAUGGGUGGUUUAUUGGUGUUUUAAUAUGCAACCUGUAAUGUAAUAGAAUUCUCAUACUGUAAGUCAGCUUUAUUACCUCUCAACAUAAAUACUUUUAUUUUCUGGGUGAUAAAGGCUAUAAAACCCCAUAUUUAAGCUGAGCAAGUGGUGAAUCAAACGGCAUACUUCCUGAACACAAUAACUGGACACCUGGAAAUGUGUACAAAAUAACCAUGGCAAUUCUGUAACGUUUCAUACUCCACCUGAGGACAUGGAAGUUAAUGAUUUCAUGAGACUUGACUACAGGUGUGGUGUUAACAUCAUAACAUUUUUAAGUUAAACUGAAUUUUCGAUUUUUACUUUUUAGGUUUUAAAAUUGUCUUAUUUCUUUCAGUGUGUAGCUAAUUUGUGAAGAACAGUGGCUGAGAUAUGCUGAAGAGAUGAUAUGAUUUUCUGUUGAUUUUUAGAGACAGACUCUGUAUCUGAGUGGGUGAAUGAUCUUGGUCUAAGCUCCUUCCGACAGGUGCACAAAAGUGCUUCGAGUAGGCUGCCACUACAGGAGGAACACACAAAAAGUGCAGACCACUUCUGUUGUGUCUCAGCUGCGUACAUCACAUCCCCCUCUUUCUAAUGUACCCCAGAUUCUGACAGAACUGGGGAAAACAUUGUCCCCUUUGUAUGCACAUUAGACAUCAUGUGGAAUCAUUUGCAGAAAGAUGUAAAAUGAGGCCAUUUUUUGUCCACUGAUAAACUGAAAGGAUCUCUUCAGGAAUAUGAUGAGGAAGUCAUGUGGUUAUAAUUUCUGAUAGCCCUCUUGAGUAAUAGAUGUUGUUUUUUUAUGGAUCUUUGUAUUUUGUAGCAUAUGUUGAUAUGUUUAUUGAUCUCAAUGGGACAAUCAUGAUCAUUUGAAAAUAAAUUAAACAGGCAUUUCUGGGAAAUGAUUUAUUUGCCAUCUGUCUAUUCAACUUGCAGCCUCCUGUGGCUUGUUUUGGACCUGAAUUGUAAAAUAGAACCAUAUUGAGUUUUUCCCAUUUUAACGAUAUUUAUAUCGAGGUAUAACCUCCUCUAUACAUUUGUUUAUUGCUGUACUAGUUGACAUCAACUGUAAAAGACACACUAUGCCAUAUUUUCAGUCCUACUACAAGAUGAAGUUUGGCUUAGUACUGCACACUUGUAUGUUUAACUUUUUUUUUUUUACAACUGCAAGAUGCUCAGUAGUAAAAACAAAGGUAUCUACAGUGGUAGAUAGACAAGCACUUUAAAAAAAAAAAAAUGAUGACCUAAGUCAUAGUAAACUUUUGUUGCCGUUUACUGUGGCUCUUUACACCAUCUUACAAGAACAGAGUGAAAACUGUAACAAAACCAAAAUACAAAAAUCACAAUUUUGUUCUCCAACAUGUAUCUUUCUUCAUUGUAAAUAGAUAUAAAUAAAAUGUUUUACAAACACAUCAAAUUAAA